AUGGAUGAUGUACUUAAAGAAAGGCUUUUGAGAAAAACAUGGACUCCAAAUUCUUUUUCUGACUUAUACAUUCAGAUAACGAAAGAUAAGCAGCGGCAUUUUCAAAAAUCUUGGUUGGAUGAGUUUAAGUGGCUGGCAUAUUCAAAAUCUUUAAAUGGAGCUUUUUGUAAGAACUGUGUUUUAUUUGGUCCAGUAAGUUCUGUUGGUAAAGGUUCAAAUCUAAAAGUUGGGCAACUUGUAUUAAAACCAUUUCAAAAUUGGAAAUCCGCCAAACAUGUUUUUUCAACACAUAGUAAUUUACAAUAUCAUAAACUUGCGAUGAUCAAAUCUAGCAAUUUUCUUUUGACAUUUGAUGGUAAAAAGGACGCUGUUGAUUUUCAAGUACAUAAGCAAAUGAAAAAAGAAAACAUUGAAAAUAAACAAAAGUUGUAUGCAAUUAUUGAAACAAUUAUAUUUUGCGGCAGACAAGAACUUCCAUAUAGAGGUCAUAAAGACUAUGGACGUUUAAGUUUAAAUGAACCUGAAAAUAAUGAUGGAAACUUUAGAGCAUUAUUACGUUUUAGAGCACGAAGUGGAGAUGAUAUUCUCAAGUCGCAUAUCUUAAGUUCAGGUGCUAAACAAAUGUAUACUAGUCCCUUGAUUCAAAAUGAGAUUAUAACAUUAAUUGGAUCUAUUAUUCAAAAUUUUAUAAUUAAUAGAGUUAAAAAAUCUAUUUUUUUUACUGUUCUUGCUGACGAAACCUCUGAUGUGCAAGGUAUUGAACAGUUUUCUUUAUGUCUCCGGUAUGUAGAUGAUGAACUAAAUGAAGUUAGGGAAGACUUUCUAAAAUUUGUUCCUGUUACUGAUGUAUCUGGAAAAGGUUUAGCUGAUACAAUAAAAAAAGAGCUCAUGUAUUUUGGACUUGAUUUGAAGAACCUAAGAGGGCAAGGCUACGAUGGAGCUGCGGCUAUGAGCGGUGCAUUUAAUGGAGUCCAGGCAUUAAUAUUAAAAGAAUAUCCAUCAGCUAUUUAUACACAUUGUUUGUCACAUUCUCUCAAUCUUGUGCUAAACGACUCGUCAAAGCUUCAAACUAUUAGAAAUACCAUAGGAACAAUAAGAGAAGUUAGUACAUUUUUAAGAGCAUCGGUUAGAAGAACAAAUAUUUUAAAAUCUAAAUUAAUAAAAUAUAAUUUAAAAUCGUCGAGAUUGAUGAACUACUGUGAUACACGAUGGGUCGAGAGACAUGAAGCUAUUGCACUGUUCAAAGAUAAUAUGUUGCCCAUUAUAGCAUCUCUAGAACAAAUAAUGACUGACAAUAAAUAUGAUGGUUCAAUGGCUCGCUCAUUCCAUAAAAAAAUGUGCGAUUUGAAUUUAUUAUCACUCUGUUUACUGUUGACAAAUUGUUAG